CUUUAGUUGGGGGGAUGUGAAUCUCGUGUCAUGGAUUGUGAACAAGAAACAAAACCCAAUGGUGUUUGGUUUUACAUCUACAGGUAACACGUCUUUCUUUGUGAUGGCCAGAUAAGACUGCUCCAUAGGAACGUUACUUUUAUUGAUACAUUUUAAACUUACAUUUUUAAAUAUAGUUUUAAAAAAAAGUUUUAUUUUAAAGACAUCGUCGCUCUAACCGGAAUUUCGUUUCAGUGCAGCGCUCCUCAACCUGUAGGUCGCAACCCCUUUUGGGGUUCGAACCCUACUUUUCCCAGGGGUCGCCUAAUGUGUUUUCCGAUUAUAUUAUAUUCUACAGCUAUGAAGUAACAACGAAAAUAAUUUUAUGGUUGGGGGUCGCCACAACUCGCGGAACUGUAGAAAAGUUUUCGAUCCAGGUUUUUGUGUGAUUCUUUUAAAGUCUCAUUCCAGUCUCAUCCAGUCUCAUUCCAGUCUCAUUCCAUUCUCAUUCCAUUCUCAUUCCAGUCUCAUUCCAUUCUCAUUCCAGUCUCAUUCGAAUAUGCUGAAGAAACAGCUGACAACGCGAUUAUUUGAAACUAUUUAAAAUAAGUUGAUGAAAUAAUAUCACAGCGUGGUAAAAACUUAUCAGCAUAAGAUGCUAAGAUAGUAUCACAAGGCCCCAUUCAGUUUUUGUUCCUUCACGAAUUAUUUAACGUAAUGUUUGAUAACUGAAUUGAUGAAAUAAAUUAAUAAUGAAAGUGUACCGUGCCACUCAAACAAAGUCGAUAUCGCAAACAUUUGUUCUUUUUUUUAUUGCGAAAUAAGAAGCUUAUUUUUACUGUGACAAUGAGUAGCAAAAUUCUUUUUACUGUGACAAUGAGUAGCAAAAUUCUUUUUACUGUGACAAUGAGUAGCAAAAUUCUUUUUACUUUGUGCACAAUUUCUUAUUGGUUAUUGUUUUGUCUUGUCUGUUGACGAAGACAUCUAGCCGAAACAUCCUUAUGAUCGUCCUGUUUUUUUCAUUUUAAGCUUUAGCACUAUUUACUUAACACGGCGCAGUCCCUCAUAUAUUGUACUGCAGCGAUUCUCAACCUGUGGGUGGCAACACCUUUGUGGGUCGCCUAAGACCUUUGAAAAACACGUAUUUAUGAUGUAGAUACGGAAAUAAUCUUAUUAUUGGGUGUGACCAUGACAUGAUUAAGUGUAUUAAAGGGUCGCGGCAUAUUAGGAUGUUUGAGAACCACUUUUGUACCGAGAGCGCAGCUCACCCAUAUUCAUUUAACCGUGAGGUCUGCAGGGAACCAUCUUAGAAAAAUUAGACUUCUGUAAGCAUAUGACAGCCAUUACGUGAUUUUAAAACAAUGGUAGACAACGAUUACGCUAGUGGCCCACAAUGAUGACAUCAAUGGCUCACAACGAUUACAUCAGUGGCUCACAACGAUUUCAUCAAAGGCUCACAACGAUUACACUAGUGGCUCACAACGAUUACACUAGUGGCAAGCAACUAUUACACUAGUGGCUCACAACGAUUACACUAGUGGCAAGCAACUAUUACACUAGUGGCUCACAGCGAUUACACUAGUGGCAAGCAACUAUUACACCAGUGGCACACAACGAUUACAUCAGUGGCACACAAUGAUUACACUAGUGGCUGACAACGAUUACACUAGUGACAAACAGCUAUUACACUAGUCGCACACAAAGAUUACACUGGUCUCUACCAUUCACGGAGUAAGUCGAGACUAUCAACCUGAGCAGAUUAUAUAGGAGCCAGAAUGAUCACUUCAUUGAUCGUGUGCCCUCAAAAUGUAGCAGAAGCAGAAGUCAUCAACUAAGCUUCAACCUACCAAUUAUCUCACCAAUGUCUUGUAGCAUUCAAUGACACGCAGCAAGACGUCUCUUCCAUUUGAUACUCUGGAGUCCGCUCGACAUUUGAUCGAAUCAUUGACCUAGUUUUAAGUGGUGUCCUAGAUUGGUGUUCUUGUAGCUGACAUCAUCGUCACCGUGUGUUCUUGUAGCUGACACCAUCGUCACCGUGUGUUCUUGUAGCUUAUAGCUGUCAAGAUAGACUGAAUGCGUCUAUCUGGCUAGAUGACGGUUUAAAAGGAGUAUACAAUGUUUUCCGUGUCAAUGGCUGGUGCAAGCCAUGUGCUGGACACAAAGGCACAUGUAAAAAAAAAAAAAAAAAGACGUACCAUUGUUAAUUUGUGCGCAGUCAGCGAUCACACUUGGUGUGUGGGGGCUUGUGCGGUGACUUGUGUGGGAAUUGUUCAUACAAAAGCACACACUGUAGGCGUUUUUCUUUGAAUAACUGAAUCCAGUGUGCCUAACGAAUGUAAUUUGAGCAGGUCAAAAAGCCCACAUGUGCACCUUGCUGCGGGAAAGUCAACGUUAAAUAAGUGGUACGUUUCCUAAACAGAACUCGCAAAACAGCUGAACCAGUUGUUCGUUGGUCGUUGUUUGUGUUUAUCUAUUCAGAACCGGUUGUUGGGUGGUGGUUGUUUGUGUUUAUCUAUUCAGAACCGGUUGUAGGGUGGUGGUUGUUUGUGUUUAUCUAUUCAGAACCGGUUGUUGGGUGGUGGUUGUUUGUGUUUAUCUAUUCAGAACCGGUUGUAGGGUGGUGGUUGUUUGUGUUUAUCUAUUCAGAACCGGUUGUUGGGUGGUGGUUGUUUGUGUUUAUCUAUUCAGAACCGAUUGUAGGGUGGUGGUUGUUUGUGUUUAUCUAUUCAGAACCGGUUGUUGGGUGGUGGUUGUUUGUGUUUAUCUAUUCAGAAACAGUUGUUGGUUGUUUGUGUUUAUCUAUUCAGAAACAGUUGUUGGGUGGUGAUUGUUUGUGUUUAUCUAUUGAGAAACAGUUGUUGGGUGGUGGUUGUUUGUGUUUAUCUAUUGAGAAACAGUUGCUGGGUGGUCGUUGUUUGUGUUUAUCUAUUCCGAAUCAGUUGCUGGGUGUUCAUGAUUUGUGUUUACCCAGGGGUAGACAAAACGGAAAAUACACGGGGGACCAACAGUGGCGUAGCUAGGGGAGGGAGGUCCAAAUUUGAAAGUCCUCCGGGCCCCUACUUGAAGGGGCCCCCAAAGCCGUGUCCGAAAUUUUUUUUACAUUAACUAAUGUCGAAUGUCAAGAUGCGGGGGCCCCUAAAGAGGCCAAGCGCCCGGGCUCCCAGAUCCCCCCAAAUCCCUAGCUACGCCACUGGGGACCAAUCUGAAUUUCUCAAGCAAUCUCAAUACAUAUCUAUAACCAUUUCUCCAAACUCCGAUUAAUGUUUUGUGACACUGGUGUUUUGUUUAGCAUUGAAAGUACCCAAUUCACUUCGUCAAUGAUAAAAUGACCCCAUUACCAAAUCUCAGUUUAUAAAAACACAUUUUGUAUUUGCUGUAAGUUUAAGCCUGCCAGGACCUCAAUCCAGUUAAUGGUUUUAACAUAUCGCGGUUGUUAGUGUGUCAACAUAGUUUAACUUCUCUUGGUCGUAAGCGUGUUAACAUAGUUUAACAUCUCUUGGUCGUCAGCGUGUUAGCAUAGUUUAACAUAUCUUGGUUGUCAGCGUGUUAGCAUAGUUUAACAUCUCUUUGUUGUCAGCGUGUUAGCAUAGUUUAACAUCUCUUGGUUGUCAGCGUGUUAGCAUAGCUAAACAUCUCUUGGUUGUCAGCGUGUUAGCAUAGUUUAACAUCUCUUGGUCGUCAGCGUGUUAACACAGUUUAACAUGUCCAUCACACAGCAAUCACCUGACACGUUCCCUGCGACUGAGCCACGCCUUCUUCGCCAUCGUCUGCUGUGGCAUGUACUUGUGGAUUCACAACACCAUCCAGCCCCAGUUUGUCAUCCAGGUAGAGACCAAUCCAUCCAUCCUCGACCUGGCCAGGGUUGUCAGGGAGCAGCAGAAAAAGAUUGAGUACAUGGUUGCCCACCCAAAGAUCAUCUUCAGAUGUCCGGACGAUGAGCCGAAGAUAAAAUAUCCCAGGUUAGUAGGUCAGCGUGUCUGAGACCAUCUUUGGUUUAAAGAUCCUAGGUUAGUAGGUCAGCGUGUCUGAGACCAUCUUUGGUUUAAAUAUCCUAGGUUAGUAGCUCAGCGUGUAUAAGUCCAUCUUUGUUAGUAGGUCAGGGUGUCUGAGACCAUCUUUGGUUUAAAUAUCCUAGGUUAGUAGCUCAGUGUGUAUAAGACCAUCUUUGUUAGUAGGUCAGCGUGUCUGAGACCAUCUUUGGUUUAAAUAUCCUAGGUAGUAGGUCAGAGUGUAUGAGACCAUCUUUGUUUUAGACUUACGAAUUGGUCAUUCGUUAUAUUACUUAUUUCGUGCUCUCUGUGCUCUAUUACCCCCCCCCCCCAUAAUGGACGCAUGCGAGGAAUCGAUUCUCCACAUCAACAGCAAACAGUUUAUUGACUAAUUUUUAACAAUUAAUCAAAACUGCAAUAUUUCUCCACUCUUUAAAAAUUCCUUGAAAUGUUACUGUAAUAAAAUCAGAUUAAGUACACCUCCCCUUUCCUUAACAAAAUUUUAAUAAAAACAAAAUGUUUGAUGUAAACCUUUUUUAAGCAAUUUUUGCGACUUAGCGAUGGCUAACUACAGCUGUUACGAAAUCAUUUCAUCAAAUUUCCUUCAUUCAUCUUCCCACUGAAAAAAAGAGGAAAACUAAUUUUUGGAGGUUUGUUGGGGCGGCUUGGGGAAUCCUGAAUAAUUUUAUAUAAUUGGUUUUCAUCGGCGACGAGUCUAUGUGCCAAGUUUCAGCUCAAUAUGAUGACAGGAAGUGGGUCCAUAAGCCUUCGGAAGAUUUUGCAACAAAGAAACACAAAAAUAAAAGCUCAGUUAAUAUACUUAUUUUUGGGUUGAGGGUGGGGGAUAAAAAUUUGACACAAAAUGCAUUCAAGUAACGCACUUCAUAUGAAUCUCAAUUAGUCCCCCCACCCCACCCCACCCCCCUUUUUCAAAGGCUCGUAACCGCGCAUUUUUAACACGCCCCUGAACUCUAUUAAUAGUUUAAAGUCCCACCCACUUUUUACACCGCAGAUUUAUUACACUAAGUAUUUCAGAAAAACAAAAUAAUUUAUUACGCACAAAACGCACUUGCGAUAUUAUAAAAAAGAUCUCAUUUAGCGCAGUUAUCAAGAAUUAUAUUUCUGGAACUCAGUGUCAUCAUAAUUCCUUCAUCUUCACCCUCACCUUGAACAACAGACCUUUAGUGGGUUGAGGUGAUGAUGAUUUGACAGAAAGUGUUGUCAUCAGCAAAGAGUCUGUGUGCCAGGUGUCAGUUCGACGGGAUUGCGGGAAGUGGGUCAAUUACCCGUCCGAAGACUUAUGCCUCAAACACGGAAACACAAGAGCAAAAGCGAAAAUUUUAUAAAAAGAUUCAUAGAGAGACAUCAUCGUUUUGAGCUUCAAACCAAAUCAGUCAGAUAGACUACAUUUCCAUAUCACCCUCCCCCCUCCCACUCCACUCUUCCAUUGACCGAAACUUGACCACCGCGCACUUGUUCUGAUUUCAAACCAGGCAAGCCAGUGAUGAUCUCACCAGGAUCUCCAUAGGGACAGCCGAUGAGUGCAGUAACACCACAGACCUGGACGCUCUCAUCAUCGUCCACACCUCAGCUGACCAUUUCAAAAGACGGGACAGGUUUAGACGGACUUACGCCAAUUACAACAACACGAAGCCGUUCAGGUUGAAGGUGAGCUGUGAACAAAUCAUAGGAGAUAGCAAAAUGUUUUACUCGUCUCAGGAUAAACCCCUUCCACAAUAAAUAAAGGCUGUCGCAGAAGUGAGAGGUUGGGAUUAAAAAAAACUAUUUAAAAUAUUAUUGUUUGGUUUGUAAGACAAAAUGAGGUAUCAAAUGAAAGAUAAUUGAAUGGACUAUAUGUUUGUAAACUUAUUUCUUCAGUCUAACUAAAAUAAACUACCACCAAUGACAUCCGAAUAGCUUGAUUCUGAUGGUACCCAGGUGCGAAUUGCGGUGCAGCGUGUCUGGGUUCAUUUUGACUCAGUGCUAUUCGGAUGUCAUUUGUGGUAUUUUAUGAAUGGCAUUGUUCCUCUCUCCUAGCUAGUGUAUGAAUGACUUUGUUACUCUCUCCUAGCUAGUGUACGAAUGACUUUGUUACUCUCUCAUAGCUAGUGUAUGAAUGGCUUUGUUACUCUCGCCUAGCUAAUGUAUGAAUGACUUUUUCACUCUCUCCUAGCUAGUGUAUGAAUGACUUUGUUACUCUCGCCUAGCUAAUGUAUGAAUGACUUUGUUACUCUUUCCUAACUAGUGUAUGAAUGACUUUGAUCCUUUCUCGUACUAUGAAUGACUUUGUUACCCUCUGACAGUUGGUGUUUCUGAUCGGUCAAGUGGAAAACGCUGACCUUGGUAUCAAGCUGGAGAAAGAGAACAUGGAGCACGGGGACACAGUGAUGGGAUCGUUCUUGGACACGUACCAGAAUCUGACGCUUAAGGUACACAUUCAUGAACACAUGGAUAGCAAUAAACCCAUGACAUACAAACAUGGAUAUCAAUGAACCCAUGACAUACACACAAGGAGAGCAAUAAAACCAUGACAUACACACAUGGAUAGCAAUGAGCCCAUAACAUACACACAAGGAGAGCAAUAAACCCAUGACAUACACACAUGGAUAGCAAUAAACCCAUGACAUACAAACAUGGAUAGCAAUGAACCCAUGACAUACACACAAGGAGAGCAAUAAACCCAUGACAUACACACAUGGAUAGCAAUGAGCCCAUAACAUACACACAAGGAGAGCAAUAAACCCAUGACAUACACACAAGGAGAGCAAUAAACCCAUGACAUACACACAAGGGGAGCAAUGAACCAAUGACAUACACACAAGGAGAGCAAUAAACCCAUGAGAUACACACAUGGAUAGCAAUGAACCCAUGACAUACACACAUGUAGAGCAAUAAACCCAUGACAUACAUACAUGUAUAGCAAUAAACCAGGACAUACACACAUGGAUAGCAAUAAACACAUACUAUACACACAUGGAUAGCAAUGAACCCAUGGUAAACACACAUUGAGAGCAAUAAACCCAUGACAUACACACAUGGAUAGCAAUAAACACAUACUAUACACACAUGGAUAGCAAUUAACCCAUGGUAAACACACAUGGAGAGCAAUGAACCCAUAACAUACACACAUGGAUAGCAAUUAACCCAUAACAUACACACAUGGAUAGCAAUUAACCCAUAACAUACACACAUGGAUAGCAAUGAACCCAUGAUAUACACACAUGGUUAGCAAUAAACCCAUAACAUACACACAUGGAUAGCAAUGAAACCAUGACAUACACACAUGGAGAGCAAUGAACCCAUGACAUACACACAUGGAUAGCAAUAAACCCAUGACAUACACACAAGGAGAGCAAUAAACCCAUGACAUACACAUGGAUAGCAAUAAACCCAUGACAUACACACAAGGAGAGCAAUAAACCCAUGACAUACACACAUGGUUAGCUCCUAUAAAAAUCAGGACACAUGUUUGAUAAUGGGUUAAAUGCAAAUUAAAUAUAUUUUUCUUAUAUGUAAAAAAAUGUAUUGUUUUAUAUACAUACAAGUGUUACCAUAUUGAAACGAACAGAAAUACAAUUGUUGUAUAUAGUUUAAAACUUCUGUUCUACCAACAUCGUCCUUAUUAUGACUUGUAUUUUUUUUUAUUUUUUUUUUUAUAGAAUUAACAAAAACUUGACCACUUCUCUUCAAGAGUAUUCCCAUCUUAUCACAGAGCAAUUUUAACUUCUCAUUUUAGGCUGUCAUGGGCUUCCGGUGGGUCAGCAGCACGUGCUCGGACAUCAAACUCCUCAUCAAGAUGGACGACGACGUCUUCUUCGACGAGCGCAAGUUUUUCACGCGCUACUGGAACCGGAUAGGCGGCAGUUUGAAAUCUAAGGCCAUCCACUGCCAGGUCUGGGAACACGCCAAGGUCGGCCGGACCGGCAAGUGGAAGGUGGAGAGGGGCCUGUUCUCCAACUCCAGCUACCCGUUCCCGUACUGCGCGGGCUACUUUGUCAUCGUGACCCCCGACCUGGUGCGCCCCAUGUACGAGGUGGGCAAGAGCAUCGAGUUUUUCUGGAUCGACGACGUGUUCCUGUACGGGAUGGUGCCGGCCACCAUCAAAAACGUGCACUUUGCUCAGGUCGGGAGGAGGAAGAAAAUGGUGACGGAGUCGUACCCGGAGUGGAAAAACUGCAUGAAGAGGAAGGGGCAGGCUGGCUGCCCGUACUGGGCGGUGCUGACCAAUGGGGAGGAUGAGUUUGACAGCGAGUAUGAUAGUUUCUUUGCGCCCCGACCAGCGGUUGAGGUUGCUGGAAACAAAACACUGGUCAUAUCUGUCUGAUUCAAAAAAUGAAACCGGAAGUGACAUUAAAAGACGUUUAGUGGUUGAAUCUAAGGCAGACUAAGGACUGAGGAUUUGUGGCUGAGAAGAUAGAAAAAUUAAACUGACGAGAUAUUAGGAUGAAUGUCUCAACGGUCUAAUUCUUUGUUUAUCUUUAUGAUGAGACAAAUCUAAUACUAACCAUUAUGUUUAAAAUUUAGUGUUUAUUUCAAUUUUUUUAAAUAGAAAAGUUACUGUCUGUGAGGAAGGUAAAUCAUACACUGGGACUGGAAGGUGUCAUGAUCAUGGGAUUUGAAACCACAGCCGGGGUUAGGCGAGAGAGAGAGAAUAAAAAAGACACAACUGAAAAGUUCUCUGUGAUCAUUUAUGACAAGCAUUUUAUGAUUAAAGUUUCAUCAAUGACUUGAAAUAAUUUGUAAAAAAAUAAAUGUGUAGGUGUGUAGACAAACUAAACCAUCGCAUUUAAAACUCAUCGAAUUAGUAAGAUAACGAAGUAUAUAAAAAAAUCGAAUGCUUUAAUCUAGGCCUAUGCAUUGUUUAACAAAAAAAUCUAAUACUGCUCUAUAAGAUUAGAUAAGCAGAUGUUUGUCUGGUAACUGGUUCAGUGCGGUGUGGAAAGAGAUCUGGGACUGUACAAGAAGUGGGAUAUUUUUAAAAUUCUGUACGCUUUAGAUUUAGUUCAAUUGCCUAUGGAAUCCAAGUGUUCUUCCUUACAAAUGACCUAUUGUUGUACAGUACAAGUAAAAAAAAAAAGAUUAAUUUCUGUAUAGUACGAGAUAUGAUCUAUUUCUAUUUUAUCUUCUUUCUUUUCUAUAUGACAACUCGUUCCGAACACAUUAACUCCCCUUCCACGCUGCCAUCUUUACCUAGUGUUCCAGUGGGGAGUUGUUUCCCUGUUUACGUGGAUUAGAAGGGGUAGGCUCAAUUGACGAACUAAUUCUAUUAAAAUGCUAGUCAACAAUCAUCUCUACAAUAAGGUGACCAUUUUUUUUUUACAAAAUCAAAGUAAGGUCCCUAAAAAAAAUAAUAAUGUAAAAGUCGGGCAUUUUUAAUAAGAACCAUAGGUGUCAAAAGAACCAUAGGUGUCAAAAGAACCAUAGGUGUCAAAAGAACCA